AUGGUCGCCUUUUUCAGAUGGUACAACGCCAAGUUGGCGGCGCGCCCGCUGCUCACCCAGAGCGUCACCACGGCGGUGCUCUUCGCCACGGGCGACAUCACCGCGCAGCAGCUCGUCGAGAAGAAGGGCCUGCAGAAGCAUGACCUGACCCGCACCGGCCGCAUGGCUCUCUACGGCGGCUGCGUCUUCGGGCCCGUCGCCACGACGUGGUUCGGCAUUCUGGCCCGCCGCGUCAACCUGCGCAACCCGCGCCUCGAGACGCUCGCCCGCGUCGGCUGCGACCAGACGCUCUUCGCGCCCGUCAUGAUUGGCGUCUUCCUCAGCAGCAUGGCCACCAUGGAGGGCGCCAGCGCCAAGGAGCGCCUCGAGAAGACGUGGUGGCCGGCGCUCAAGACCAACUGGAUGAUCUGGCCGUUCGUCCAGUUCGUCAACUUCACCUUCCUCCCCCUGCAGCACCGCGUCCUCUUCGCCAACGUCAUCUCCAUUGGCUGGAACAGCUACCUGAGCUGGGUCAACAGCCAGUCCGAGGACGAGAAGGAGGAGGUCGAGGCCGUCCCCAUGGGUCUUUGA